GUACAAAUUAAACCCCUUCUUCUUUCUCUCACGCUUGCCCAGGUGGCUAGUUUUGUGAGUGCAGCUGCAUCGACUACCAAUGGCCAGGACUACUGGCAAUCGUUCAAGUCAAACAUCAAUCCCUUGAACGUCACUCUGCCAAAGAUCACCCAGACUGUUUCCAUUAAUCCUACCCAGGAGUGCACCUACUAUGAUCCCGACACUGCCCUUUUCAACAUUGACCCAACCGAGUGGCCUUCCAUUUGGGAGGUUGCGACAACCAACGGAAUGAACACCUCUGCCGAGUUCACUGCGCUCUACAACUCCAUUGACUGGACAAAGGCGCCCAACAUCCCAGUCCGUACCCUCACCUCUUCUGGCUCGCUUGACUUUACUGGAUACGACGCCAAUACAGAUCCCGAUUGCUGGUGGUCUUCGUCUGUCUGCACCGUGCCCAAAAUUGCCGAUGUCAACCCUGACAUCUACUACUGCCCCGAGCCAGAAACAUGGGGUCUUACUUAUGACGAUGGGCCAAACUGUUCCCACAACGCCUUUUAUGACUAUCUCGAAGAACAAAAGUUGACUGCCAGUAUGUUCUACAUUGGCUCUAAUGUCGUCGACUGGCCUUAUGGUGCCAUGCGCGGUGUUAAAGAUGGCCACCACAUUGCCUCCCACACCUGGUCUCAUCCAAUGGUCACCACCCUGACCAACCAGGAAGUCCUUGCCGAGUUCUACUACACCCAAAAGGCAAUCAAGCUUAUCACUGGUCUCACUCCCCGCUACUGGCGUCCUCCUUAUGGUGAUGUUGAUGAUCGUGUUCGUUGGAUUGCCAGCCAAUUGGGUUUGACUGCCAUUAUCUGGAACCUUGACACUGAUGACUGGGCUGCCGGUGUCACUACAACUGUUGCCGCUGUUGAGGAGAGCUACACUGACUUUAUCACCAUGGGUAAAAAUGGAACCUUUGCCAACUCUGGAAACAUUGUCUUGACCCACGAAAUCAACAACGAAACUAUGUCGCUUGCCUUGCAGAACCUGCCUGCUAUCAGACAAAACUACCAGCAUGUUAUUAACGUUGCGACUUGCCAGAACAUUACUUACCCUUACUUUGAGAACACCGUCAGUUUCCAAUCCUUCAGCGAGUACCUCGGACUCAACACAACUUCUUCUGCCUCUUCUUCUGCCUCGUCUUCUGCUUCCUCUGUUGCUUCUUCUAUUCCCAUCUCUGCUGCUUCCGGUUCGUCUCCUAGUUCUGGUGUCGCUAGCAAGGUGUCUUCGCUUUCAAGCACCAGUUCA